AAUACCUGAACACAUGCCUGUGUUUUUUUUGCAAGGAUUUUCGUUAAUUUCCUUUUUCAAUCAAACUUAAUCAAUGCAUAUAUAUGAAUGUAUAUACAAUAAAUGAGCAACAAAAUUUAGCUGAAAAAAUAUCGCUUACAAUUUACCUAAGUUGUAACUAAUCAGAUUUCAUCUUCAACUGAUAACUUAUGUAAUAUGGUAACGCGAACCUACUUACACAUAAAUAAUAAUAGCUAUACCUAUCAGCAACCUAUAUCAUACACCUUCACUCCGGAUUUGCGAAAUUUCCAACGACCAUGGAAAAGUUAUCAAAAUUUGCAUGGAUCACACUUGCUUAAUCGUCAUGUAUCUGAUCAGCACAUUGCAAUACCAACAACACUACGUUUCAAUAAUGAUUCAUGCAAAAGUGUAAAACAAUGCUGUAACGUUACUUUUACUAUCAAUAAUACUACUAAUCACAAUACGAGUAAUCACUGUAACAGCAAUUAUAGUAUCAAUAGUACAAACAACAACACUGUUCAACAAAAUUUUCACAAGCCUCCAUCAAAUAUACAUUAUAACAUAAAUAAUUCAAAUUCAGUAUUCAAAGAAAAUUCCUCGACCAGAAUGUUAGGUGGAAAAUUACGCUCUUCUUCCCUGCCACCAAUAUUACCAACCAGAAAUUAUUUUACCCCACAAAAAUCAAUAAUUGCCCAUACCGGUAACACUACACCACAAUUGGUUAAUCAGACAUGUCAUACAUUCUCCUCUGCCUCUGCAUGCCAACAUGAUGGUGCAGAUUGGGAAGAUUGCCGUAUAAGCAUAGACUGUUUUGGUAUUAGGGGAAAACACUGUAAAUCAAUAAGGCACCUACACAAAAAUCACAAUAAUCAGUUAGUAUCACAAUCGCACUUAUCAUCAACAUUGGCUGGAAACACAUGGAAUGGAUUGAAUACUAAAUACUUAUUCCCUUUGUCAAUAAAGCCACCUUCUAUUCAAUUAGAAGGUAAACAUUUAAAUAAAACAUCCCAAUCAAUAAGACCGCAUAGUUUAUGCGCUAGGUCUGUUCGUCUAUCUAUCAUACCAUUAAAUCCAAUCUACAAAAGAUCACCAUCAUUAUUAAGACGAAAACAGUGUUUCCCAAAUCAUAAUAACCCGUCGAUAAGAUCACAAUCAACUAGAAACACAUCUUGGAAUAAUUCAUUUGAUUUACGUCAUUGUCGAACAGUUUUUCGUAAUUGCUGGAGAAAAAAUUUAAUACAAAGAAUGGCUUUCAAAAUUGACGAUUUCACAAUUCAAGAAGAUCAAGUCAAAGUUGCCAAGGACGUUUUCAAACGUUUCGAUAAAAGAGGACAAGAAAAAAUAAGCACCACUGAUUUGGGUCCAGCGUUUCGUGCACUCAAUCUAACUGUUAAACCAGACACUUUGAAAGAAUGGGCUGAUCAGGUCGAUGAUGAUGCUACCGGGUUUAUUGAUUUCAAUGGAUUUCUAAUUUGUUAUGGCAAGAAACUUCAAGAAGAUCAAGAUGAAAGAGAUUUAAGAGAUGCAUUCCGAGUGCUGGAUAAAAAUAAACGUGGUGAAAUUGAUGUCGAAGAUUUAAGGUGGAUAUUGAAAGGUCUCGGUGAUGAUCUUACCGAAGAAGAAAUAGAUGAUAUGAUUCGAGAUACCGAUACUGAUGGAUCAGGAUUCGUCGAUUUUGACGAAUUCUAUAAACUGAUGACAUCUGAAUAA